GCAACGACGCAGUGUCGCGAGUGUCGAGGGCGAGAGCCGAUGUGCAUUCCCUGCUCGGUGACGGCGCACCGCAACCUCCCCUUCCACUGGCUCUCUGUCUGGAACGGGAAUUACUUCGAACGGCGUGACCUCGCUGAGCUAGGAUUCGUCAUACGCCUUGGACACCAUGGAGACGGAUGUGCACACAUACCGUGUAACGCCCAACCGCUCAAAUUCGUCAUUGUCCACGAGAACGGCGUACACAACUGUCUCCUGGAGUACUGCCACUGCCCCGGCCGCCGAAACGAGCUAUCGCAGCUCGUGAGGUCGGAUCUAUUCCCAGCAACUCUUGAGCGGACGGAGACUGCGUUCACGUGCGAUGUGCUGGAGCGGUUCCACCUCGACUACGACAUCUCCAAGCGAAGCAGCCAAGAUUUUGUCCGAAUCCUGGAGGGUUUAAGCACGGGAGACAGGCUGACCGGAUUGGUCAAGGAUCGCUACCGCGAUUUCAUGAUGGCGGCGCGCAUUUACCGCUAUCUGACCAUGGUGAAAAGGGCCGGUAGAGGAGUGGGCGUCGUCGUGCCCGGCAGGAGGCCGGAAGACAUCACGACGCCAUGCUUCACGUGCCCGAUUCCAGACUUUAAUCUGCCGUCGGACUGGAGGGACACGCCUGAGUAUCUGAGAUACAUAUACCGAAUAAUAUUCUGCGCAGACGGCAACUAUAGUUUGCAAAAGAAAUCCAAACCAGACGACGCCAUGGACAUCGCCUUGACUACUGGCCAGGGUUACUUCGUGCCUCCGUCGACGAUGGACGCGUACCUGAGCAAGAAGUAUAAGACGAAGACGUCGCAGCAGGACGGCGCGGAAGAGACCGACGACAUAACGAUCACAUGUAGCGGCUUCAAGGUCGCGCGAUCGCAACGCAAGGGGAAAUUCAAGUAUGUGGAUAGCAGCGGUGUGCUAUCCUUCUCCUGCGACCAUCUGCAUUUCCGGCCGGGCGGUACAGUCGAUCUUCAAACGACGGAGACGUGGGGCCACGGCGACCACGCGCUGCACGGGGCUGUACAGGGCACAGAGCAGCUA